CGUGUUGUGAUUCUCGUGAGCUUCGGUGUUAUUUUUUAUUUAGAGCACCGCCCACAUGACUUUCAGCCAUAGUUUCAUUGGACGUAUUCACACUUCCUUUCGUGGCUCGACGGUGACCUAACGGAAAACCAUGGAAGAACGUAGAGAACAAAAUGAGGCUUUUGUUACCCUUGCCACGAACGACACAUAUGCAUUGGGAUGUCUUGUGUUGGGGAGCUCAUUGCGCAAUGUGGGUACCACCAGACAGCUGGUCGUUAUGGUGACAGAUGGGGUUUCUGAAGGAAUGAAAGAGCAAUUAAGGAACUUUUUUGACCAGACUGUUCCAGUCAAUGUCCUUGACAGUAGCGAUACAUGCAACCUUGAGCUUCUAGGUCGACCUGACCUUAGUGUUACUUUUACCAAAUUCCACUGUUGGAGACUGACUCAGUACAAAAAAUGUGUAUUUAUGGAUGCAGACACACUGGUUAUACAAAACGUAGAUGACUUGUUUGAUAGGGAAGAAUUGUCAGCUGCUCCUGAUGCUGGGUGGCCGGACUGUUUCAACUCUGGUGUUUUUGUUUUUGUACCAUCUGAUGAAACUUACAGAAAUUUACUGGCUUUUGCUAUUACUUCAGGUUCUUUCGACGGUGGGGACCAGGGAUUGCUAAAUUUGUAUUUUAGAGGAUGGGCUACUGAAGAUAUAAAAAAACAUUUACCCUUUACAUACAAUGUUGUGUCACAGGCCUUCUACAGCUAUUUACCAGCAUUUAAACAGUUUUACAGCGACAUUAAAAUUGUGCACUUCAUUGGGGCAGUGAAACCAUGGCACCAUUCAUUCAACACAAGCACUCGUACUGUGACACAGCUGCCCAACACAGGCCACAGUCAAGAGUUCCUGCAGCUUUGGUGGGACAUUUUCAUGACCUCAGUUCAGCCAAAACUGGACCCAGAAAUGUCAUUGCCCCAGCAGCACCAAACCAGCCGUCCCCAGCCGUCCCAACCCAACCAGCUGUGUGAUGGAGACUUGCCCUAUUUCCCCCGUGACCAGCGCCAGCAGGCCGGCCAACACGGCCACAGCGAGACCCGAGGGUCCCCCACCACCUCGUACACAGUUUUGUUCCCCUAUGUCCCGCCCAGCCUUGAGGCGGACAUUGACGCUCAGGAGAGCGGUUCUCAGGUUGUGGACGUCCCUGUGGUAUACAGAGAUUACAAGACUCUAGAGACCCACUAUAGCGAGGAGCCUUUGAGUGCAAUCAACCCCGAGUUGCCCCAAGCCGAAUAUUACUCGGCCACAGAAACCUUAACUCCAGGCCUGGUCCAACAGCUACUAGCUGGAGCAAAAAGUCCGGCGGAUGAGCCCGGUUUAGACUGUAACGUUAACGAUGGUUCCACGGAUAUUAACACUGUACCCACAUGUGAGGUUACGGAAAAUUGCGGUGAUGGCGAUACUGGAAGUAUUGAAGACAUAAGACAUUCCAAAGAUGGCACACAAAAGGGAGGAUUAGUUGGUGAUUUGGCCAGCAUGACAUUACAAGGUGAAGGCUCAGCCAAGAAGGAUGAUCGUGAACGCAAGCUCCAGUGGGAACAAGGACAGGCAGACUACAUGGGUGUGGACAGGUUUGACAACAUAAAGGCUAGGUUGGAUGAGAAAAUGUCCAAACCUCCAUCAGACACAAAACUGGCUGGAGAGACUCAUGAAGAGCCCAAGUAACAUAAUGUGAGUGCUAAAUGCAUGCAUGUGAAGAAUGUAUCUACAGGCAUGAGACAUCAGCUGUGGAAACCUGGAGCUCCAUGUACAACUGGAUCUACAGAUCCCUUCAGGGUGAUGUUUUUGUCUGUCUGUAUGUGUGUGUGAGCAUGGCUGAGGGUGAAUUUCAUUGCUUAUUUAUUCUACUAUAGACUUACUAAUGGUUGGCUGGUUUUGGCAGAAAGUGAAAGUAGGGAAAUUUUUUUGUCUGCAUCAACUGCAUUUUUUUUUUAAAAAAUUAGUGAUGGUAUUUCUAUUCAACUUAAAAUUCAUAUUUCAUUACCAUUUAAAGCUGAGAAAGACUAAUUUUCACUCAUUUGAUAUUUAAUAAUUACAGUGUUUCAUUUUAAAAUUAUAGUUUUUGCAGUAUUCUGUUAGCUGACAGUAUUAUGGGACAACACAUCUGCUAGUUAAAAUAAUGCUAAACUAAAUGUAGUUAUAAACUAAACAGGCUCAUACAUUUUUAAGAAAUGUGAAUUAAUCUUAAGCUCAUAUUUGAUGGUGAUAUAUAAUGAUCGAAAUAUUUCCAAUGUUGAUUGUUGUUCUCUCACUUGUUGCCAUACCUAGUUAAGAUCUUGAGUAUUUGGAUCAAUGUAACAUUGAUUGAAGAAUUUGGUUUUGGUAACAUGAGCAUGUCUGCUUUAAAUUGUCAACAUAUUUUGGUGGCAUGAAUGAGUGUUAUCAAUACAUUGUCUUAAGUCCCCUUUUAUAGUGCAAUUCAUUAUGUUGCUAUCAUGUUAUUUUUGUUGUGCAUAAAAUGUCAAAUCUUAAGAUUCCCAUACUUUUUGCAAGCUGUUGGGGUUUACUCACUAUUAUGAUUAUGUUGGCAGUCUAAUUAGUGAACCACAGGUGUCUAAAGAAAAAGAUUCUUGUUCUGUGGUUUCCUAGGAUACUAGUGUAGAGUGCCUAGGAUAUGUAGCAUGUCAACUGCAAGUUGUACUUGACUGAACAAUGACGUAUCGAACAAUGACGUACCUAUUUGGACAGAUUCUCUGUAUCUGAGUCUAGGGUAGGGGAAAUAACAUUGUAGUAGUGUCUUAACAUCAGUCUAUCUUGUCAGCUGUUUCUACUAGUCACUUUCCUUCUCCUUCCAUGUGUGACAUGAGUUGUGUAUUCAGAUUUGUAUCAAGAUGUACCCCAAGUAUUAACCUGCUUGUAUUUGCUGCAGUAACCAUCCACAACUAACACUGCAGCCUUUGUACUUAAGCUAGCUGCAGCCAUCAGUGGAGUGAGUAGCUAUGACCACCACCUCCAUUGAUUUGCCUAGUCUGUGUGAUUUUGUUUAAACCAGAUCUAUAAUAACCAGCCCAUUUAAUCAGCACUCAAAUAUCUGCCUGCUUGUACUGUGGUGCCCCAUGUAGGAAAAUAUUGCACUGUUACCUCUCUCCUGACAAUUAUUAGCAGAUAUUAGUAUACAGAGGCCUUGACAUUGGGUUUUUUUUUUGGUUGUGAAUAUAAUGUGAUGAACUGAAAGUGCUGUGAUAGACAAUUAUUGGGGUUAAGGUUUAGUUAACUGGACAUUGUUUUUUAAGCAUCCAAGUAUUUUGUGUGGUGAAGAUUUUGUUAUAAAAUGUAACUAGACUUACCUUCACUAUAGCAAAAUGCCUGUCUACACAGCAAUGUUAUAGGCUACAAAAAGUAAUACUUGUAUCCCAAGACAUAACACCUUGAAGUAGCCUAACAGUGUAACCUGCCAUGUUUUGGCACCUCAUAUAGGGCAUGAGUUUCUAAAUCUCAAAGGCUGAAGCAUUAUAUUCAUUCAUAACCUUGUAUUGAUCUUACUACACACUUUUUAUCAUCUGUACAUUUUAGCCCUAUAGUGAGCACCAAUAUUUACAAAAUAUAACUAGACCUAUUUUUUGAAGAAAUUAUUUUGUGAUUACUAUCAAAUUCUAUUUUGUAACUGUUAUUAUAAGCAAUGAAGAAAAAUUUCUACUGAUUUUAUUAGUUUACACAUUGAAGUUUCUCCAUGUUUUGUAAAUAGUGGUCUUUGUGUAGCCCAAUCUUACCCAUAAUGCUGAGCAUUUCCUCAAGUCAGACUUGACUGAAUGACAUGUAAUGCAUCUAGUACAAUUGUGUAAUCAGCAGACAUUUUAAGCAGUUGUGUGUGUAUGAUGGCCAUGUGUAUCUGGCCACAUGUUCUUGUAGUGUAUACAAAUGUAGUACUAGCUCAUUAUGAAUUGCUAAAUAAAUUUUUUUCUCAAAAUA